CGCCCCCGGCGCGGCCCCGCCGCCUCCCUCCGCUCCCCUCGGCUCGGCUCGGCUCGGUCCCCGCCCGGCGCGGCGCGGAGCUCGGCGGGGCGGCGGCGCGAUGCGGCGGGCGCGGUACGUGAGUGCCCAGCAGCUGGCCGGCUUCCGCCACUACACGUACAGCGCUGUGGAUACAAACCCUUUAUCUGUGUAUGUUAUGCAGCCCAUCUGGGACAAAAUUAUUAAGAUAGUGCCUUUGUGGAUUGCUCCCAAUGUGUUAACAUUCUCUGGAUUUGUGAUGAUUUUAGUUAAUUAUUUUCUAAUAUCUUUUUAUGACUGGGACUACACUGCCUCAGGUACCAGUCCUGGACUUGUUCCAACCUGGGUGUGGCUGUUUAGUUCUUUUACCACCUUUUGUGCUUAUACUUUAGACUCCAUAGAUGGGAAACACGCUCGAAGGACUCAGUCCAGUAGUCCUCUGGGAGAGUUAUUUGACCAUGGACUGGAUAGCUGGGCUACCUCCAUUUUCGUGCUUUCUUUUUUUUCUGUCUGUUCCCGUGACAAUGGGAAGUCUGGAGUUUCUGUAUAUACAAUGUAUAUAUAUUUAAGCAUUGUCUUGUUUAACUUUAUGUGUUCACACUGGGAAAAAUAUAACACAGGAGUUCUUUUUCUUCCUUGGGGAUACGAUCUAAGCCAAGUGGUAUUAAUAGCAGCAUACCUGCUGACUGGUGCUGUUGGUGUGGAAAUUUGGCACAAGCCUUUCCUGUUUGGUUAUUACAUUACAGAUGUAUUAGUAAUCUUGCUAAUAGGCUUCAGUUUAUUUCUUUCAUUUCCACAAACACUAUACAACAUUCACAGAGCACAUUUAAAGAAAACACUGAAGAAUGGUUCUUUGUAUGAAGGACUUCUACCUCUUGUGUCACCUCUGUUGCUGUUCAUUCUUCUUACAGUCUGGGUGGUUUUAUCGCCAGGCAACAUAUUAGCAAAGCAACCAAGAUUGUUUUUGUGGAUGGUUGGGGUUGCUUUCUCAAAUGUUAUUUGCAAAGUGAUAAUCUGCCAGAUGAGCAGCACCAGGCCCGAACUUUUCCACUGGAUCCUCUUUCCGUUGGCUCUCGUGGUCUACGCGGACAUCUCCGGGCUCCUGGGCUGGACAGAAGAAAUAGUGCUUGGUGUCUUUGCCGUGUCCGCCACGGUCGCCCACGUGCACUACGGCGUUUGUGUGGGGAGGCAGCUGAGCGAACACUUCAACAUUUACAUCUUUUCGUUGAAGAAACGUGUCCAGGAAUGAACACUUGCACUGUGAUCAGAUUGUAACACUUAACAUGGAGAUUCACAGCUCUUUUCCUGUGAUAAAUAGUGGAAUUAAUCUAAUUAAAAUAACCAAAGAACAGAACGGGCCAGAUAUUCAAGCCACUGCAACAAAGAGCGAAGCAGGAAGAUGCUCCAUCUCAGAGAAGAUUCCUGUCCAGCAGUGACGUGUUCACAGAGUGGUUCAGUUGCUAAUAUUAUUUAUUCUCUUCACUAAUGCCAUGUAAUACCUGCUCCGAAGCUUUUGUCUUCCUCCUUGCCACUGUCUCUGAAGUCCUGGAUCAGUCCAGCCUGGGUUACAUGGGAUCUUUCAUGUUUUAUAACCAGUACUGGUUUUGUCCAGUCUCUUCGCCAGUGGGACCUCUGACAACGCACGGUCUCUGUAUGUCCUUCCCCUUCACACCUCUGUGCCGGCUCCGGUUUCUGUAUUUAUUGCCUCACAUCUCGUUUCUUCCAUACAGCCUCCGGAGGGGCUUUUCUGCACCUCAAAUGAAUGCAUGAAGAAAAGUGAACCAGAUCAGAAAUCCAUGGGCACAGCAAAGUGUUUUCCAGACCUGCAGUCCCCCUGGCCCGUAUGUAGCUGAGUGUGAGCUGACCCAAACCUGUCCGAGCAGGCUGCAGGCAGCAGGCAGUUGCCUUUAUAGUUAUUUUCUAUGCAGUAACAGCACAGUGUUGAUAUUUAAGUACCAACAAACCUUUGAAGAUUCUCACAUUUGCUGUAGAACUAGUGGCUGACUGACAAGCCAGCACACAGCUUUCUAAACCAAGAAGCAAGGGGUGGGAGAUGGGCUGGAUAUGUACGUCUCAUCUACCAGUGCAAAAUGCUAAGCAAAGAAUUAUUGCUUGCAUUCUUGAAUCAAAUUCUUGUGAUUUUAGAUCAUGACUAAAUAAAAUUGAGAUGAGUUUUUAACACUAGAAGUUUAUAUGCAGAUGUAAACUGCUGCCUUUGUAUAUAAUGUACGUAGGUUUUCUGUGUGCCUUGGAGGAAGGACUAGGACUUUGAGUUUCGACUCUUUUCAUAUGCUGCCCUAGCCAAAGGGACUCUGUGGCCUUGAAGCACUAAUGAAACAAUCUGUCCGCUUCCCCCCGGAAAACAUUAUGCUGUAUAUCUUGCACAGAGGAUUGUAAUUGACUGACUGGCGUUUUUAUUAUAUAGUUAAGUAGCUCACUUGCCAGAAGCAGGGCAGAAGCACAGUUGUUUAGCCACUCAGUUGUUUAGCCACUAAGCCUUAAGUUCACCUUUUUUAAUUCUGAAACUAUUUAUCUGGCUUUAACCCUUGCCUGUGCCUAUUUUCACCCGGUUAACAUAUUCUUACAUCAGUACUGCUUAUUAGUAUUUUCAGAUGAGCACCAACUAGUUACAUCUCCCACAUGCAUAUUAUGUGAACUGCUUCAAUUUCAGCUUGUGUGGCCAGUUACAGUAGCUGACCUGACAGGUUUUUCAAACCUACCAAAAAGUUAGUAGAGUAGGUUUCCUCUGGCAGCUAAUUUAACAUAUAUGGUAGGAGACAAGUCUGCAUAUCAGGUGAUAGGAGGAAUAAGAGUUUCAUAUAGGCACUGUGGAGAACAGACAAGGCACUGUUUACUCCAAAGGCCUGCUGAAGAGGGGAAGGUAUCACUGUUCACAGAUGGGGAGUGGGACCGGGCAUAGGCUGGGUAGUCUCUCCCUUGCUGUGGACACACACCCCAGCUUGUGCAGGAUAUGGUAACAAUGCCUUUGUCACCACCUCCGCUAUUAUCUGCUACCAACCCCUUGCGGCCUAAACUAAUGUCAAGAGCCUGACCCACACCAAAGCUGCCUCAUAGAUCAAGUGAAAAGGGGAAUUAAUAUCUACAACUACUUGCAGAUCAGGCAUGAGAACCCAUGAUGGGGGGGCCUCCACUAUUUAGUUCUCUAAAUCUGAAGGGUGGAAACCUUUGUCACAAGUUUUCAUUAAUUUCUUUUCCCUUCCUUUUUGAAAACCCAGUCAGCUGGUUGAGCCCAGAGGAGUGUGUCAGAGUGACAUAGGUUCUGGCUACUGAUAAGGAUGCCAAGAAACCUAAUCACAAUAGACAUGCGCCUUAGAAGCAUAUAAAAUGUGAUAGUAACAACAGCUCUUUGGAGCUCCCUCUCAGCUGGUCUGGGACCCCCCCCCCCCCUUAUUGCGUCCUGCACACUUGAGACCCUCGCCCGACAUGGAACAGGUCGUAUUACCCCUGCUUGCUCUGUAUGUAGUGUAGUGUGUUAUUUUUACCCUGUUAAAUACGGAACUUGCUAUAUUGUUUAAACUCUCUUGCUUAAGGAUACUGGUGUACUUAAUAUCUGAAACCUGAUAACCGCCUGGCUGUUUGGUCAGUGAAGCGUUAACAGAAAAAAAUACAAGUCACCCCGCUGGCCACGAGCAGUGUUCGUGACAGGCAUGCACUCAGCAAUCUCACUGUUGGAUGAAGUUCAAUAUUGAGAUGCCAGAUAUACUGGAACAAAAGUCUCACCUAUUUCAGCCAUUUAUUUUUAACCCAUUCAUCAAAGCACCUGGAGGAAGCCCUGAGGAGAAAAGAAUUGGAAUGCAAUAAACAAAAAUGCCUCUGGAUGAAAAGCAGUUGUAUGGAAGAACUCCUUGGGAAGGCUUUCCCUCUACUGUCCAUUUAUUUAUAAAACGGUUGGAAAUCAGGGACACAGAGGCGGCCCAAUUUGAUGCACUGUGAUGGAAUACUUUGCAAAUACUUCAUCAAAUGAAAUUAUAAAACUCAAACAGCCACUGGCUAUCUGCACAUACUAUACUUAUACUUAGAAAGGUUAUCAAUUUUAAAAGAAAUUAAGCUCUGAUCAGCUUUUUCAUAUUCUGCAUAGUCAUGGCAGAUAACUUUUUUUUCCUUUUUUAAAACUACUUGUCACUACAAGUUGUAUAAAGACAAGUAUAACCAUAGAUGAUGUCAUGCAGUGUAUAUAUUGAAUUGUUUGCCAUUGUAGAGGAUAACUGGCUUAACAAAAGGAAAUAAAGAUGCUUUGGUCA